AGUAGAACGUUCCAAACCAUUUCCUUUUCACCGUGACCUGGGUUUUGGCCACAUCACCGGCUUUUAGUCUUGUAGAAAAAUGGCACCGCGACGUUCUAAGAGCAACAAGAACCCACCAAUAUUCAGUCAUGAAUUCAUCAUCCAAAACCAUGCAGAUAUUGUAUCCUGUGUGGCCAUGGUGUUUGUAAUAGGCCUAAUGUUUCAGGCGACAGCUCCAGUGGCAUCGAUGUUUGUGGCCAUGCAGCACAACGUCACUCUCAAUGAUACGGUCGAACAGGAUGUCCAGGAGAUCAACCUGUACACGUACGGAACCAAGGACAUCUUCUCCGUCUUCUUCUACUUCCUCAUCUGCAUCGUGGUCCACGCCGUCAUUCAGGAGUAUAUCUUUGAUAAACUGAACCGCAAGAUGCACCUGUCCAAGGUGAAGCACAGCAAGUUCAACGAGUCGGGCCAGCUGCUCACCUUCUACCUGGCGUCCUGUAUCUGGGGCACCGACAUCAUUCUAAGGGAGAAUUACAUAACAAAUAUAAGUCAGCUGUGGGAUGGAUAUCCUCACGCCAAUCUACCAUUUCUGGUCAAGUUUUAUUUCAUCAUUCAAAUUGCUUACUGGCUGCACUGUUAUCCAGAGCUUUACUUCCAGAAAGUUAAAAAGGAAGAAAUGCCAGCCAGAAUACAGUAUGCUACAAUGUAUCUUGUUUUUAUAACUGCAGCCUACAUGCUCAAUUUCAACCGGGUGGCACUCUGCCUGAUGGUUCUGCACUGUGCUGUUGAGUUCGUCUUCCACCUGGCCAGGCUGUUGUAUUUUGCUGAUAAAAACGAAAUGUCUGCCUCUGGGUUUUUGGUGUUCAACGUUCUAUUCGUCUUGGUACGGCUCGGCUCCAUCACACUGGCCGUACUGACAUUUUGGUAUGGUCUGGAGCAAACAAGUCAACUAACAAUCGACAUUGCUGCAGGAAACUUUAAUACCAAACUGAUUAGAAUUAAUUGCCUGGCCGCCGUUUGUCUACUGCAAGCGUGGAUGAUGUGGAACUUCAUCACAUUCCAUCUGAAGAAGCUGAGAGAGAAGAGUGCUGUUGCCAAGAAGACUCGUUCACCAAGCAAAAAGAAGCCUAAAGUUCAAGAUGAAGAUAUCAACUCAUUACCAGAAGUGGACCAAAAUAAUGCAACUGAAAAUGGCAGUGUAGCCCGGAUGCGAAACAAAUCGAAGAAGGGACAAUGAUUGGUCCAUUAGACCAAUCAUAAAAUUGUAAACAUUGUUUAGCACCCCAGGCAAAAGUGUAUUUUCAUGACAAAUUUCUGGUCUGUUAAAAAAUGUUUAUGAUUUUUAAAAAGAAAAAAAAAGGUUAUGGGACUGUUAUUCUUAAUUUUGCACCUUUUGCAAUGAAAAGAAUUUGUCAAAUAUUCACAUUGGUUCAUACAUAUUUGUAAAUAGAUAUUUUCUUUUACUCCUUUUUAUUUUCCUUUUGGUGUUUUUUUUAAAAGAAAAUCUGUGUAAUCAUGAACGUAUGCAAACAGCAAUGAGAAAUUGGACUCUUUUUUUUUUUUUUUUUAUUGGACUCUAGUAAUCUUGUAAUUUUUCAUUUUUCGAAAAUGGAUUCCAUUGGGAAAAAAAUUCUUUUCUUUGCAAAAGGUUAUCUGUAUCAGUACUUUGUGCAUCAUAUUGAACAUAUUGGUUCUUAUAAAUACACUGGCGCUUGUUUCCAUUUGUUGCAUGUUGUUUUCGUGAAUCUCUAAUGAAAUUUUGUUUACUGUACUUCAUUCACUGAUUUUAGUAGUAGUCGUUUUGUUUUAGUUUAAAAACAAAACAAAAAUGGGGAUGCAGUUUAGGGGAGGGAUCAAGCCUGAAAACAUAAAUUUGUUUAAUUUGAAUCAUUUAUUUUAGUAUUACAAAAAAAAAUUAAUGAAAGAAUGUGUAUGUGAAGAAAAAAAAUGUUUUCUAUGAUUUGACCCACCUGUUUUAGGAAUGAGUAACUUGGUAAUUGUAGUAUUUUGUUAUACUGGGGGGGGGGGGGGGGGGGUAGACAUGGGGGGUGGGUGGUGAAUGUGUGAUUUUGAUUAGGUUACAGAAAACAUUUUGACUUUUUUCUUUCCCUGAUGUGAGCAAGUUGAUAAUUUUCCUACCAUGACUGUAGCUUACAGUGUUGUUCAAUUGAAGUCUGGUCAUCAAUAUUUAAAAUAGUGUAUUGUACAGUUUUAGCCUGAAUGCUGUAGAAAAGCUUACUAGUUAGUAUUGUACUAUUAAAAGACCAUUUCAACUGACUGUUGGGUUUUACUGUUGUUUAACAAUUAGACCAGUCGAACCAAGCCGCAGACAUUUUAACAUUUUAACUUAUUUUCAUGCUUACAUUCAGUUAAUGUUCAAGCACGCUGUCUUUGACACACACCUCAGUUGUCUCGGCUACAAAAUGUGGACUGUCCUAUAGUGAACAGUUUAAGACAUGUUUUCUAUACACACAGAAUGUGGCCAUGUGUGUUGACAUUUACCAACACAGUCAGUGAUGUGGUUAAAGGAUAUUUCGUACCCAAUCCGAUUCGUCCCAGGACGUUUUAUACCCUAGACAUUUCGUUCACUGGUCAUUUACAUGUAGUACAUGCAUUAUGUUAAAUUGUAUAUUGUUUAGUUUGUCUUAGUUUCCUGUUUGUACGAGAGAUUUUAACAGCUUGUUUUCCUAGACUUCAAAUUUGCUUACUGUGGGCACGGAAAGACAGGAAUUUGUUUAAAACAGACAAAAGUAUUACUAUUACCAGCAUGAUGUGAUGUCGUCCUAACUGUAAUACACAACUCAAAACAGUUAUGUUUGAAAUUUCCAUUCUAUAGCCUAAUAAUCACUGAUGAAGGUUUAUGUAAUGAACAAAACACAAUGUAUAAAAUCAUGAAAUUAUUAUUUAAAAAUCGUUAAAGAAUACAUAAAAUUUGAAAUAAAAACAUUUGCAAUUAUCAUAUAAUAAAAAAGUUACUACCGUAAUUACAUCACAUGUAAAGCAAAAGUCUACACACAUUUAUCACAUUUUAAAUAAAUUACAUAGCAUUAAAUUAGAUACUAAAUCAGAACGGAAGCAUCAAAUAUAAUAAUUACCAUUUUAAAAAGUUACUUAUUGCAAUUUACAAUGUUUACAGCGAUAAAAUACAAAGCAUUAAAUUGAAAGGCCAGGUGACGAAAGGGUUACAGAGCAUGAAAAGUCCAGGGAUGAACAGGAUCAGGUACGAAUGGUCCAGUAACCAGUGAUAUAACUUGUAUAUACCUGUAUGAAUAUUAUAAAAAGUGUCUGUUAAAUUGUUGGUAGAUGUUUAGCUUCAUAAAAAAAAAUGUAAUGGACUUUUCAGAAAUGCUUACGAUGACAUCUUUUGGCUUAAGAUUAUUUCUGGCUGGUAUGUGCAGGUUGGCUCUUGUAAAUCACGUACUCUGUCACAGCCAGCAACUGGAAGGAUCAGUAAUAUAUUAAUUCACCUUCUAAUAGGGUGGGGAUAUAUUACUUUCAAAGUCAUGGAGGCAGUGCCUUCCUGCCCUCCCCUUGCUUCUGAUGACUAUGACAGUUUUGAUUUUUUUUUGGGGGGGGUCGGGGGGGGGUCAUAGUUUAGUUUUUUGUUGUUUGUUAUUGACUUUGUAUGUAUAAUUUCAAAAUUGUUUAAGAGUGUUGAAACGUGUGUUGUAUAAUUAUGAACAGAGAAAUUUAUUAAUUUAAUACGGCUAUGUUAAUUGCUUGAGGCAAAAAAUAUAAAUCAGUCCCCUUCAACCGAUAACUGGACAGGGAUGUUGAAGAGUAUCAAUAAAUCGAGAUUUAAAAUAACCUGCCACUCCCUCACCCAGAUCUAAAGGACAUAGAUAUUUCUUGGUCACCUGUUCAUAGUGUGUCCAUUGUAUUCAAGUCUUAACAGAACUGAAUGAACUGUUCAUAGUGUGUCCAUUGUAUUCAAGUCUUAACAGAACAGGAUGAACUGUUCAUAGUGUGUCCAUUGUAUUCAAGUCUUAACAGAACUGGAUGAACUGUUCAUAGUGUGUCCAUUGUAUUCAAGUCUUAACAGAACAGGAUGAAGUGGUCAGUAUUUCAAGCAUUAAAACAAAAUAGAAAACAAUGCUGUAAUUUAUGAGGAGCUAAAGCCAGUAUUUGUCAUUACUGGGUGGGGGGGGUUGGGGGGGGGGUUGGGGGGUAAUCAGCAAGCUAUUAAUAAUAAAAUUCUUAUGGAAUACAUUUUUAAAGUGUAUUUUACUUUUUGUAGUUUUGACAUCCAUUAAAAAUUAGUUGCAUUUUAACACAUUUUUUAAACCAAUGUAUUGAGACCAAAAUUCAUUAGAGAGCAUGACUUCAUUUUAGUGUAUAAGAAAAUGGCUCCAUUUUAAUCCAUUAGAAAGUAGCUUCAUUUUAAUGCAUUUUAAAAAUCAUUAUAACAUUUCAUGUAGCCUUAAUUUCAUGUAGGUUACAGUAAAUUCUGAUCGAGUUUAAACUUGCACGUUUGAGAAAAUCAACACAACAUCCUUGUAGCAAUAAUUUGUAUACCUUGAGAAUAACACAAGUCUUCAUAUUUCACAACCAGGUAAUAGAUCUGUUGUGAUCUGGUCACAAGAAAGAUAUGUGAAUUUUUGUAUGGGCUUGAGGGUCAUCCGGAAUUUACAGAAUGAGUUUUGCAAUUGUUUUAUUUCCCAUGUUACAAUAAGAAGAAGAAUAUAAUUCCCAAAUGAGUUUCCAUAAAAAUAUAUAUAUAUAUAUAUAUUGCUAUAACAUGCAAAUAUUUUGUAUUCUGUGUAAAAAUAACAAAAACAACAACAACAAAGAAACGGUUUACUGAAAUAUUUAGUUUUUGUCACCAUUAAAAUGUGUACAGAUCUGUUCCUGUUCUAUCCUGUUUGGAGUUAGAAGUGUUGAAUAGUGUUAACAGAACUUUUCUUUCCAUUGUUACGCAUGUACAUGUGUAUGUAGUCUAUAAAUGUAACGUACAACCAUGCUUCAUUUCUUGAUAAUAAAACCUGUACAGAAGUC